AUGGCUUCUUCUAGUGUUACUCCCGUCGCGCCUUGCGGCGGCCGCAGAGAAGCUGUUAUCGUCAGAGCUCCGGUUUUCAGAACCUCGUUCCUUGGCCGUGGAGUUGGCACUUCAAGAUAUAUGGAUAUACAGCUAAUAUGUUCUGGGAGAUCCAGAUCUAACCGUCGUGGAGGGGCUUUUGGUGUUCGAAUGAGCCUAUUUGAUAGGUUUGCUAGAGUGGUUAAGUCAUAUGCAAAUGCGCUGAUAAGCACGUUUGAGGACCCGGAGAAAAUAUUGGAUCAAGCUGUUCUUGAAAUGAACGAGGAUUUGAUCAAGUUACGUCAAGCUACAGCCAGAGUGUUGGCUUCUCAGAAGCAGCUCGAAAACAGAUAUAAAGCUGCACAGCAAGCCUCUGAGGACUGGUACCGUAGAGCACAGCUUGCUCUUGGAAAGGGUGAUGAGGAUCUUGCUCGUGAAGCUUUGACGCGUAGAAAAUCAUACUCUGAUAAUGCAAAUGCUAUGAAGGCACAAAUUGAUCAGCAGAAAGCUGUAGUUGAUAACCUUGUCAACAAUACAAGGCUGUUGGAAAGUAAAAUACAGGAAGCUAAGUCUAAAAAGGAUACUCUAAAAGCGCGAGCCCAGUCUGCCAAGACCGCAACAAAAGUGAAUGAAAUGCUGGGUAAUGUAAAUACAAGCAGUUCACUGUCAGCUUUUGAGAAGAUGGAGGAAAAAGUUAUGGCAAUGGAAUCUGAGGCAGAAGCUCUCAAUCAGCUCACGAGUGAUGAUCUUGAAGGAAAGUUUGCUUUAUUGGAAACUUCCUCAGUAGAUGAUGACCUUGCUAACUUGAAGAAAGAAUUAUCUGGAAGCACAAAGAAGGGGGACCUUCCAGCAGGAAGGACACCAGUUAGCAGCCUUAAGUUUCAAGAUCCGGAUGUUGAGAAAGAGCUCAACGAAUUAAGACAAAAGGCCCAAGAAUACUAG